AGGUGAAGCGAGAUGUGGCCGGUCAUUUGGUUUGUACAGCUCUGCCUGGCAUCACAAGGCGCCAACCUAAUCCCAGCCAGAGGGCACUUCGGGAUCUGCCCCAACCAGCUGAACGCCAACCUGUGGGUGGACGCCCAGAGUACCUGUGAAAGGGAAUGCCGAGCCGAUCAGGAGUGUGAAGUUUUUGAGAAAUGCUGCACAAAUGUCUGUGGACAACGAAGCUGUGUGGCCGCCCGAUACCCUGACUCUGGCUUGCAGGCCCCUGGCUCUCUCCGCCCUGCCACCUGCUCUGGGUUUAUUUGCACUCAGCAGGGUUCUGACUGUGAGAUGUGGGAAGGACGUCCAGUGUGCCGCUGUCGGGAGCGAUGUGGAAAGCAACCAGGCUUCACUUGUGCCUCGGAUGGGCUCACUUACUACAAUCGCUGCUACAUGGAUGCUGAGGCUUGUGCUAGGGGCAUAACCUUAGUGGAGGUGCCCUGCAAGUUUGUGUCAUCCUGGCCGGCCACCACUUCAGCACCUUCUGAGACUACCCCUCAGACUACCCAGCCUUCCACUCCCCUAGAAAUGCCUGUGCCUCCCGCAUUGUACCAUUCACCCUACCCACAGUCGGUUAUAGUAGGUGGUACUGUAGGGCUACAAUGUGAGUCUAGUGGGCGCCCACGUCCAGAAAUCCUAUGGGAGAAACUUGGAGAUGGUCCCUCAGCACCAAUUAUGAGGCCAGACCAGAUGUAUGGAAACCUCGUUGUAACCAAUUCUGGCCAACUGGUCAUCUACAAUGCACGUCCAGAGGAUGCUGGCAUUUAUGUUUGCAUGGCCCGAAACUCUGCAGGCCUGCUGCGUGCUCAGUUCCCCCUUUCUGUUGUCAAGAAAGGGACCACCACAGCAAGUUCAGGACACCAGCGGCUAGUCCUUCCCUCUGAUUGCCUAAAGCUCCCAGAACUCAGAGAGUGCCUAGGUCCUCGAGUCCUACGCUGGUUCCACGAUUCGCAAAUUGGUGACUGUCAAACUUUUCUUCAUAAGGGGUGUCCAGGCCCUGCUAACAACUUUCAGGCCUAUGAAGAGUGUCGUGCAUCAUGUCACACUCGACCACCAGAUCCUUGUUCAUUGCCGCCUGUAAGGGGUACGUGUAAGACUCCAGAAUGGAGGUGGGUCUACAGCCCUCUCAUGCGCCAGUGCUUCUCUUUCAUUUAUGGUGGCUGCCAUGGAAAUCAGAAUAACUUUGAAAGUAGGCAGGCCUGUGAAGAUCGUUGCCCUUUGCCACGGGCCAAGCAGUGCCAUGGGUGUCACCUUCGAGGAAAGCUGGUGCCCAGUUUGUGCCGAAGUGAUUUUGUCAUUGUGGGAAGGCUGGAAGAUUCAGGAGAAGAACGAGUGCUUCGUGUUCUUCUCAUAGAGGUGCUAAAAGACGACCACAUGGGUCUUCGUCUUUUCCAUACCAAGUAUCUUGAGGUCACCAUGGGAGAGGGUGGUGGAGGAGGAGGGGCGUGCCCCUGCACCAAUCUUGCAGGUUUAGGGGACAAUCCACUUUUGAUUAUGGGGGAGGUACAGGAUGGCAUGGCUUUACUGGCACCCUCAAGCUAUGUCCGGCCAGCUAGUGAGAAGAGACUGAGGAAGGUCAGAGACAUGCUUGAUAAGGGGACAUGUCAGAUGCUGAACCGAUUUCAGGACUGAAAGAGACUUGUGGUUUUCACUCUGAAAUGUAAUGACCACAUUUUUUUAA